AUGAAACAUCUGCAACAUGUAGCGGCAACAGUCGCAGUGUUUACAGACCGUGACGAAUCUAUUGAUUUUCUCACUGAUACUGAAAACGAAAAAGUAUCUAUGAUCGUAUCUGGUGCCCUAGGACAACAUAUAAUACCGGUAAUUCAAGAAUGCCCACAGUUAGUCUCAAUUUAUAUUUUCUGUGAUAAUCCAUUGAUUCAUGAACGAUGGGCCAAAACAAUUGCUAAAGUAAAAGGCGUAUACACAGAAAUUGACUCGAUUUGUGAAGCAUUACGAAUCGAUCGUGAAAAUUGUGAUAGAGCUUUGAUAUCAAUCAGUUUUAAUCGUUUGGACCCAUUAUUCAUGUAUACACAAUUGUUGAAAGAAGCACUUUUGGAUAUAGAGGAUGAUGAUGCGAAAUCGAUUAAAGAACUUGCUGAGUACUGUCGCCUUCAAGACGGUGCUUCCCCAAAAACAAUUGAAAUGAUCGAACGAGAAUAUCGUAAUCAUUCACCCAUUUGGUGGUACACAGGUCCAUAUUUUAUUUACUCAAUGCUCAAUUGUGGUCUUCGACUAAUGAAUGUCGACAUUAUACUUAAAAUGGGCUUUUUCAUCCGACAUCUGCACAACCAUAUUACAGAAUUACACCGGGAACAGCAAGGCCGCAUGCCGACAAAAUUUCAAGUCUUUCGUGGACAAGGUUUGCCGGUGGAAGACUUUGAAAAAAUUAAAAAAACAAAAGGAGGACUUAUGUCCUUCAAUAAUUUCUUAUCAACAAGUCGCAAUCGUGAUAUAUCUUUCAAAAAAUUUGCACGGCCAGCGACAAAGAAUCCCACCUCAGUUGGCAUUCUCUUUGUUAUGAACAUUGACACGGCUAUUUGCACAAAAUCAUCAACACCAUUUGCUGAAGUCAGCAAAGUUGGCUACUACAACGAUAAAGAAGAAGAGAUACUCUUUUCAACACAUACAAUCUUUCGCAUCGACCGGAUCGAACGAAUUCCCGACGAGCAUACGGAUCGCCUAUGGCAGGUCAAUCUCACUCUCGCAGGUAAUCAAGAUGAUGACUUUAACAAACUCACGGCACACCUGCGAGAAGAGAUUAGUGGGGAAACCGGAUGGGCUCGACUGGGUUCUAUACUUAUUAAACUAGGUGAGCCUGCAAAAGCAGAACAUCUCUAUCAGAUACUCCUCGAAAAGGCAUCUACUGAUAAACAGCGAUCGGAUUAUAAUCGUCAACUUGGUUCCGUGUAUUAUUGGAUGGGUGAGUACUCGAAAGCACUUUUGUAUUAUGGAAGAGAUUUGGAGAUCAGUCAAAAAGCUCUCCCUCCAAAUCAUCCCGACUUGGCUACUUCCUACCUCAACAUCGGUUCGGUAUAUUAUAGUACGCGCGAGUACUCGAAAGCACUUUCAUCGUAUGAACGAUCACUUGAAAUCAAGAAAAUAGCUCUCCCUCCAAAUCAUCCCUCCUUGGCUUCUUCCUACAAUAACAGCGGUAUGGUGUAUAUAAAUAUGGGCGAGUACUCGAAAGCACUUUCAUCGUAUGAACGAUCACUUGAAAUUCGGAAAAUAGCUCUCCCUCCGAAUCAUCCCGACUUCGCACAAUCCUACAACAACCUCGGUGCGGUGUAUGAUAAGAUGGGCGAGUACUCGAAAGCACUUUCAAAUUACGAAAAAGCUCAAGAAAUCUGGAAAAAAUCACUGCCUCCAACACAUCCACAUAUUGCCCUGGUGAAAAGAAACAUCGAGAUCGUGAAAAAGAAAGUGUAA